AUGUUCAUCGACAACGUAACCAACUUCGUCGGCGCCGACCGCAAGCUACGUGAGCUGAAAGAGGCAUUUAUUGCCCAGUCAGCAGAAGUGAAGGGAUUCGCCGCAGAAGAAGGAUUCAGCUUCACCUUUAUACCACCGAGGGCACCCCACUUCGGCGGGUUAUGGGAAGCCGCGGUGAAGUCCGCCAAACAUCACGUCGUUCGCGUAAUCGGCAACGCGCUACUGACCGCAGAGGAACUGUCAACACUGCUGACAGAAGUGGAGACCAUCCUCAAUUCUCGGCCUCUAACCCCAUUGAGCCAGGACCCCAACGACGUCGAGGCGUAG